AUGAGGGCAGUUUGUGUAAUAAAAGGUGAAAAUAUAGAUGGAAAUAUAUUUUUUAAUCAAAUAAAUAAAGAAUCACCAGUUUAUAUAGAAGGAAUAAUAAAUGGUCUUAAACCUGGUAUACAUGCUUUUCAAAUAAAUCAUUUUGGUGAUUUAACCAAUGGAUGUGUAUCUACAGGAGGAUACUUUAAUCCAAACAUAAAUAAUAAAGAAUUGUCAUUAAUAUCAAAAGCACAGCCACCAACAUUCACAAGAAAUCGACGUAUAUUUUUAGGUGAUUUAGGAAAUAUAGUUACAAAUGAAAAUGGAAGAACUUUAAUACAUAUAAAAGAUAAUCUCAUAAGUUUAUUUGGAGAAAAUAGCGUAAUAGGACGAAGUAUAGUAAUACAUGACGAUCCAAACGAAUUAUUUAGAACGGGCAAUGGCAUUUAUAAUGGAAAUAAUAACAAUAAUUUAAAUUUAAUAAAUGGACUGGGUUGUGGUAUCAUAGGGAUAGCAUUAGAAAAAUCAAGAUCAUAUUUAUAA